GUCGGCAGCGGCGGCCGCAGCGUGCGGGGCCGCACUCGGCUGAGCCAUGCAGGCGGCGCGCGUGGAGUACAUCGCGCCCUGGUGGGUCGUGUGGCUGCACAGCGUCCCGCACGUGGGCCUGCGCCUGCAGCGGGUGGACAGCACCUUCAGCCCGCGCGACGAGACUUACCAGGAGUCGCUGCUGUUUCUGGGGCUGGUGGCCGCCGUGUGCCUGGGCCUGAACUUGAUCUUCCUCACGGUUUAUCUGGUCUGCGUGUGCUGCCGCCGGCGGGACGAGGCCGGGCAGACCAAGCAACGCGGCUCCUGCUGCACCACCUGGACGGCGGUGGUGGCCGGGCUCAUCUGCUGUGCCGCCAUAGGCAUCGGGUUCUAUGGGAACAGCGAGACCAGCGACGGGGUCUACCAGCUGACCUACUCCUUGGACAAUGCACACCACACCUUCUCUGGCAUCGACACCCUGGUUUCUGGAACCACCCGGCAGAUGAAGAUGGACCUAGAACAGCACCUGGCCCGCCUCAGUGAGGUCCUCGCCGCCCGGGGCGACUACAUCCAGACCCUGAAGUUCAUGCAGCAGAUGGCUGACAGCAUCGUCGCCCAGCUCUCGGGGCUGCCCGUGUGGCAGGAGGUCAGCGCCCAGCUGAGCGAGCUGGCCGACCAGACCAGCUACGUAGAGUACUACAGGUGGCUCUCCUACCUCCUGCUCUUCAUCCUGGACCUGGUCAUCUGCCUUGUCACCUGCUUGGCGCUGGCCAGGCGCUCCAGGUGUCUGCUGGCUGCGAUGCUGGGCUGCGCGCUGCUGGUGCUGCUCCUCAGCUGGGUGUCCCUGGCCACAGACUCGGCCACUGCGGUGGGCGCCAGUGACUUCUGCGUGGCUCCCGACGCCUUCAUCCUGAACCUCACGCAGGGCCAGAUCAGCACAGAGGUGACCCGCUACUACCUGUACUGUGGUCAGAGUGCACGGAGCCCCUUCCAGCAGGCACUGACCGUCUACCAGCGCUCGCUGACCACCAUGCAGAUCCAGGUGGCAGGGCUGCUGCAGUUCGCUGUGCCGCUCUUCCCCACGGCCGAGAAAGACCUCCUGGGAACCCAGCUCCUGCUGAACUCCUCCGAGGCCAGCCUGCAGCAGCUGACGGCCAUGCUGGAUUGCCGGGGGCUGCAUAAGGACUACGUGGACGCCCUCACCGGCGUCUGCUACGAUGGCAUCGAGGGCCUGCUCUACCUGGGCCUCUUCUCCCUCCUGGCCGCCCUGGCCUUCUCCACCCUGAUCUGUGUGGGGCCCCGGGCCUGGAAGUGCUUCACGGCCAGGGACAGAGACUACGACGACAUCGAUGACGGCGACCCCUUCAACCCCCAGGCACGGCGCAUGGCUGCCCACAGCCCGUGCCGGGGGCAGCUGCACAGCUUCUGCAGCUACAGCAGCGGCCUGGGCAGCCAGAGCAGCCUGCAGCCCCCGGCCCAGACCGUCUCCAACGCCCCCGUCUCUGAGUACAUGAACCAGGCGAUGCUGUUUGGUGGGAACCCACGCUACGAGAACGCACCGCUCAUCGGGAGAGGCUCCCCUCCACCCACGUACUCCCCCAGCAUGAGAGCCGCUUACCUGUCGGUGGCGGAUGAGCACCUGCGGCACUACGGCAGCGACUUCCCAGCCUAGCGGACGGCCGCGCCGGGCCCUGCCUGCUCUUCCCGCGGGCCUGUCGGACGAACCCAGCACGGACAAGCCGUGUUCCUCCAACGGGAACGAAAGACACCCGCGGCAGGCUCCCGCGGCUGACCAGCGCCCCUGGCGGGGACAGAGAACCUGCGACUCGGCCAGCCUCUCUCUCCUGCCCCCGCUCUCCGCACCAGAACUGUCCCUGGGGCUCCGCCAUCUGCCUCACCCCUGCCUCCCACUCUCACAGGAAGGGCAGGGCAGUGAGGGGGUGUCAGACGCCACUCGCUGGACUGUGCCUCCCCUUAGCACUGACCACCGGUUCUCGCCACUGCUCAGCAGGUGGCAGUGGGAGGGACUGGCCAGAGAUGCAUUUAAGGGAAGUGGCCUUGCUGGUGGGACGGAACACUGUAGUCUCCGAGUUCCUGGAUCCAGGUGGACUUUCCUGAGCCCCAGGGGGACUGUGCUGGGCGAGCUGCCCCCGGGAGGCCGGCAGCUGCAGGACCCCGCUGGGGACGUGGAGCAAAGCCUGAUGCUAACCCUCCGUCGCCCACCUGCGUUCCAGAGCCGCUGACAUGGGGUGGCCCCGGCGUGAGCAGGCUCUGAGCCAGUGACUCCACCCUGGUUUUCCCGAUGUUUCAGCUCUUGUUGGCUGGCACGGGCCAGGUCUUCAGCCAUCUGGAGCAGAGUGGCCAAGACUGGCUUUUUAGUAAAAUGGAGAUCAGGACAGUGUCCCCGUCCCGGGAUGCUGUCUGAUGGGGAUACGGGUUCACCCUGCUCUGGGAGGGGGCCCUUUAAGAAGGGGAGGAGCUAAGAGGAAAGUGGCCAGGGCCCCUGCCCCCUCCCCUGAUGCCCCUCCCUCUUGUCUUUAAGCACAUUGGGUUUCCAAAAAGUCCUGAGCAAAGGGGUGCACCUGUGGCUUAAGGGGCGGACAGGGCGUUCCCCCCCAACCUGUUCCACCUGUUUCCCAGCCCCCUAGCGGCUAGAAGGGAAGACGGUUCUGGGCCAGGAGGAAAUGAUAAAGCCCCCAUCCUGCCCGCUGCGGAGCCAGGACUGGGGUCUUUGGUGCUUCCAGCCUCCUGCCCUCCUGAGGUCACAGCCCUGGAGCCCCCAGCCUCGCACCCCCGGCAGGGGCGGGCCCCGGACAUGGCGCUGUCUGCUGGCGGCAGAGCGGUUCUCGCUGGCAGCCAAGCCUCCGACACAGUCCGGGACCACCUCACCUGCAGUUCCGAGGUCUGGGGCCCCUGCGUUGCUUCUUAACCUCUCCAUCUCCACAGUGUGGGGGCGGGGUUUUUACUGCAUGUAAACUAAACUAAAAGUCCUCGGGGUUCCCCAAGGAGCCAGGUGGGGACCCUCUGCCUGACACUGUGCAGCCUCCCCGGGAGAGAAAUAAACGACUUGUACUAAAAGGCGGCCGGGGUCUCCAGCCUGCUCAGCGGCACGGAUGACGGGGAGGGCGCCCAGCUGCGGCUCCCUGCGAGGACUGAGUGUCACGUGGCCUCUCACCUGGCCUCCAGCUGCUCCAGGCCAGCCUCGCCUCUACCCUCAUCUUUCUGUGAAAAUCCAUUGCUCUUCAGGUUACUGACAAGCAGUAUUUCUUGAGUGCACACAGUGUACCAGGGGCUGUCUGGGU